AAAAUCCUAGGCCACCCGUUGUGUACAACUACAUGUACAACUACAUGUACAAGUGGAAGAAAGCUGUGUAAUUCAUCACUAAAUUUCCGACAAUUUUAAUUUGGAGUUAGCAGGAAUUGGGAAGGAAUCUUUGAUUCUCACUCUCGUUAUUUCUUCAAGAUCGAGGAGUAACGAAAACGUAAAAAAAUCACUUCAAAGUUGAGAGUGGAGUGAAAUGAUAUUCGGUCCGGUCCUCUGUCAAUAUUGCGAUUGGAUUCUUGGAGCUUGAAGACGUCUUCUGAAAUCUUUUGCGAUGUAUUGAAACGUGCACUUAGUUUCAAAGGAUGAAAAUGUAAUGUAUUCUAAUUGAAGAAAUAUAAUUGUCGAGAAUUAAUGGUUUUCGCGAAAACAAUGCCUGUUAAGGGGCACUAUGGCCAGUCGAAAACCGCUCCUGUCAAAUCGCAUGAAGCCGUCAACGACAUUUACCGCACCGCCGCGGCUGGCGGAUACUUCCCCGGAGUUCUGGCGGUGAAAGAGGAUGGCGUCCUGCAAACCAAGCCAUUGCCGCUGAAGUCGCAUCAAGGUCUUCAAAUUCUUGCUCGAUCAAGUACCCAUUAUAAUUGUGCCUCGCCAUCAAGAGAGGAUGUUUUUCUUGAUAACUAUGCACGAAGGACAAAACAGCUGAAUGAACAAGGUUAUAAUUCUGUAAAUUAUAAACCCUAUCAACUUUUAGGAGGGCCGGUAGUAUUGGACGAAAAACAGCUAAUUCUCUCUGCGCUUGGUCAAAGUAAACGGGACAACUGUUCAGCAUCUGAGUCAAAGGGAGUAUCUAGUGAGAAGCAGGAUGACGGGAAAAAAGAUGGGAAAGGCGGAAACGGGGAGGAGGAGAGCGCGGAUGCAGUCAAACCAUACAAAUUUGUCGUCAGGCGGAACAACAAGAAUCAUAAAUCACUUCAUAAGGAAGUUUCUACUGGCAGAGUAAUGGUGAAAUGGGCUAAGCUAGGACAUGGGGUCUUUACUAUGAUCAGAGAACAAGAAGAACUGAGGGUGAAUGCAGAACAUAAUGAAAGAAGGAGAAAAGAAGAACAAAGGAAGAAGGAAUGGCAACCAGCUGUUGUGGAAGUAUCAGAUGAAGGAGAGACAGAUGAAGAGUUAGAAAAGGAAGAAAGUCUUAGUGUUUAUAUGAAUCAAGGUGCAGAGAGCAGAAAAGAGGUGUCUUUUGCAUUUGAUGCAGCUAGUACGGUACCCGACAACCAAACAGAGCAGGGGGAUACAACUCGCCUCUCUACCACCGCCAUGAUGACCACUGCCAUGGCAACGACCCCAUCUAAAUCCAUCCUGAGUGGGGCAUCGUCACCCACCAAGAGGAGGCGGAACAAGCGACUGGUGGAACCGCCACGCCCCUACACUCCCUGCCAUACAAACAUCAAUAUUGAUCCAGACGGGGAUGAAACAGACAAGAAAGCGAUAUUUCGUCAGAUGUGUGCAGUGAAUUGGAUCUUAGAAGCUAUGAUGAUAGAGCCUCCUGCUGCUAUGGAGCCCAUCAGUAAAUGCUGGAAAAUUAAAUAUAGGGAUAUGGAGAACCGAUCAUAUUGUAAAACCACUGUCCAGAGAUUAAGAAAAGAGAAGGCUUUAGACACGAGAUGGAAUGCUUUCAUAUCGGCCGAGGGUGCUGGUCAUCUGGCUGGCUUGCCUAAUUUAUUCCAGAAAUCACGUUCCCCGGCAAGAGGCUUGCUUUCCACUCAAAAUUCAGGUUUCUCACGGACGUUGCGUCGUCUCUCCGCAAAUAGUACGGCUAACCGAGCGGCAUCAGCGAUGGGUCAAAGUUCAGUUGACCAAAGCCCUCUCUCGCCAAAGGCUGAAGAUACGGCGAGUUCAUUCUUAGAGGCUGCAGAUAAAUUGGCUGAAAUUCCCGACAGUGUUUCAAUACAGGGAGGGGAUACACCAGGGAAAUUACACAGAUCUCCCUCUGUGUUGAGUGAAAGAACAGCGACCCCUUCUUCGAAGAGAAGUGGAUCAGUUGUCAAUAAGUUAUCUAAACAAGACCUAGAGGAGAAAGACAAGCAGGAAAGACCAAGGGAGAGACAAGUUAGCACAUGGGUGGCUUCUACCAAUAGGAAACUACAUAGAUCACAAAGUGCUCCAAUAAGAAACCAAGAGUUCAAGCCCAUCUUUCCAAGCCGAAAGCAUCUCUAUCUAGCCAAGGAACUCAGAACCCAGUUUGCUGAUGUCACUGAAGAUCAGGCCCUCAUGCUUCAUGACAAGCUAGAAGCCAUGGAAAAGAAACGACUUGAAAGGAGUGAGAAUAAGUUCCAGUCGAUCCGAACCAAUGUCCACAUCAGCUCCCAACUGGCCCUGCUCAAAGAGGCUGGGCAGGAUAAAGAUGAACUGCUAGCGGAAGAAAAUAAACGAAAGAAAAAACUGGAAGAUGAAAGCAAAUGGUAUCAAGAGUUGGUGCGGAACCUUCCUGCAGACAUCAACAACGACAGACCUUGCAUGGCCAUCUUGGACAAACUACAGAGUCUUGGAAAGAUUGAGAGUAGGAAAGCCACGCCACAGAAGUUUCUCAAUGUCUUAGCUGGUCUGAGGCAUUGGGAGAUCUGCUCACCGGACAUUAGUGCUGCCAUAGAGUUUGUUCGAGAGAAGGUUGUCGGCAUGGCAGUGGAGGAGUUUGAGGCAUGGUACCAAGCAGAAAUGCCCAACAUUGCAAGAUCCAAGAGUGCACCACCGGCUACCACGUCAUAAUCCCAUCGUCGGCAGAGGGGUAAAAAUUUGCCCCCCUUAAGAAGCAGAUCAAUUCAAAGUAUUUAGUUUGUCCUCUUUGAUUUGGAAUUAGGAGAUCGUGGGAUGUGACACUUCAUGGUUUAUGUUGAAGGUAGUAGGCCUGUAAUUAAAGUUUAGCAAUCGAUCUUAUGACUGAUGUGAUUGAUAGUACAUAACGAUCAAUGUGAUCAAACCUAAAAAUCAGCCCGAUGAUCAAAUCAAAGUUUUGUGUUACAGGGCCCUGUGAAACCUGUAGACAAGACUUGAUAGGUAACAGGCAAGAACACCUAGCCAACUUGGCAAUGACAUACAAGCCUUUACCAAGUUAGUAGUAUAUGGUCACCAGGGGUCCAUUUCAUAAAGAGUCACAAUUAUUGUAACUUUGCCUUUAUGGCAACUACUAAAGUAAUAGCAUUCAGCAGCCAAUUGCAAGAAAGGGAUCUAUGGUAGUUACAAUAAUGGCAAAUCUACAAUAGAUGCAUUUUAUGAAACAGACUCCGGGGCCCCACCAGACAAAGAGUUACGA